GGAACUGUCUGAUCAGGAGUGUCAUAUUCUUUAAAAAAAAUAUACUAGUUUAGGUGGCUUAUGCACACAUGCUUUUAAAAAAUAAAACUGAAUGUUAGUAUCAGAGUUAGAAUGCCAUGAAGAUCUAUAUUUAUUCUAACUUUAUUACACAGGCUCAGUCUAAAGAUUUCUCAAGAGAAAGUUCUAAGCCUAUGGCCCAAAGCCAGCAGUGUCACUCAGCUUACUAUUUCACAAAGCAUCCAGUCAAGUUUUGAACAAUUCUGAUCAUUAGAGCUCUGUGCUCCUUGAAAUGGCUUUUGUCCUUUGGUCUCAGUGUGGCCCUGCGGAGCCAGACCCAAUCAUCUAAACUUCUACCCCAGAACUCUGCAGUUGGCCACCAUGUCUCCCCCUAGAAAAUCUUUUCCUGGAAGAGCACUGCACAGUAUGAACUUCACUCAACAUCCUAAUAUCCUGAUUUAGACCACAGUUCCUUGCAGAAUCUUUAUUUAGAUCCAAGUCUUUAUAGUGCAUUUUAUACCUGCAAUGUGCAUGCCCUAUACAAUCAGAGCUCAGUAAUUGCCUUUUGACAGUCUCCUUGCUUACUGGUAAUCUAUCACCACCAUCACUGUCACCCCUCUCUCCACCUCACCCCCACACUACAUUUCUAAAUCAUCAGGUCCAAACACCAACUCUUUAAAUGGGGGGCUCUCUCUAGAAAACCCCUUGAGAUACACGUUUGGAAGGUAGUGAAACUUAAGGGGGAUGCUUUCUCUGAGUGUGACACACAAGUUAAAGGGCAAAGAGAGUGAACCAUGGACAGCCAGAAACAGCUUUCUCCCUGACAUCCCCAUAGCGCUACAGCAGACAAGAGCUCCGGGGUGGAUUUGCCCAGGACAGACAGCACAUGGGGCGGGGCAAUGCACCAGGAACAGGGCGGGUUCUAAGCAGCUGGUUUCCCUGAGCCGCGUCCGCGGUGGGGGCUUGGGGACUGCACAGUGUCGCUAAGGCGCCAGCAGCCACCCUGCCAGCUACCCUCGUGUCCGCCCCUCAGGUGCUCAAAGCAAAUCAGAGAGCGAAAGAAGCAAGCGAGGGUGUCAGACGAUACAGUAAAGGAGUCUUGAUCAAAGUUCUCCAGGGGUUCCUUUCCAGCCGGUGCCCGCGCUUCGUUGUCAGUACCAUGGACAGCGCCCGGGAACCUACUCAGGGGAGCUUGGACGCCGCUGGCUUCUGGCAGGUCUGGCAGCGCUUUGACGUGGAGGAAAAAGGUUACAUAGAAGAGAAGGAGCUUGAUGCUUUCUUUUACCACAUGUUGACAAAACUGGGUGUUGAUGAUGCGGUCAAGGAAGAAAAUGUACAGAAGAUGAAACAACAAUUUACGGCUCCCCACGAUGUCUCUAAAGACGGCUGCAUACAGAUGAAAGAGCUUGCCGGCAUGUUCUUAUCUGAGGAUGAAAACUUUCUUCUGCUCUUUCGCCAGGAAACCCCCUUGGACAGCAGUGUGGAGUUUAUGCGGAUUUGGCGCAAAUACGAUGCUGACAGCAGUGGCUUUGUAUCAGCUGCUGAACUUCGUAACUUCCUCCGAGACCUCUUCCUCCACCACAAAAAGGCCAUUUCAGAGGCUAAGCUGGAAGAAUAUACUGGCACCAUGAUGAAGAUCUUUGACAAAAAUAAAGAUGGCCGGUUGGAUCUUAAUGACUUGGCUAGGAUUCUGGCUCUUCAGGAAAACUUCCUUCUCCAAUUUAAAAUGGAUGCUUGUUCCUCUGAAGAAAGAAAAAGGGACUUUGAGAAAAUCUUCGCUCACUAUGAUGUUAGUAAAACUGGAGCCCUAGAAGGCCCAGAAGUGGAUGGGUUUGUCAAAGACAUGAUGGAGCUUGUCCAGCCCAGCAUCAGAGGGGUGGACCUUGAUAAGUUUCGGGAGAUUCUUUUGCGCCACUGCGAUGUGAACAAGGAUGGAAAAAUUCAGAAGUCUGAGCUGGCUUUGUGUCUCGGGCUGAAAAUCAACCCCUAAUCCCCAGACCACUUCACCUUUUGCUCUUAGCAUGUUUCUGAGCUCCUGCUGGUAAAAUUCUAUCUGUUCUUUGCUAUUGGGGAUAGUAGGCAAACUUUCUAUCAAAUGGUGUGGCGUUCUUAGGCAAGGAGAGGGACUGGAGGAGGGUCUUCAUUUGAAUGGCAUGGUGUUUCCCUGCCUUUACUGGAAGCCCCCCACACAGGGUUUGUGUUAUUUUCCCCUUGACCCUGGCCUUUCAUGUCCCCCUAAGGACUCAGCUGACCUCCAGGGUCUGCCUGGCUUGUCCUCUGCCUGUCUGAGGAGGUGGGGGCAGCUAGUCCAUCUGUCUGUCCUUUUCCUGUGGGCUUUCUACUUAACAGUGUGAGGCACCUGUGGCAGUCUCGUGACUUCUACAAAUAGAUUCUGAAGUGGAAAUAAACCUGCAGCUGGAAACAAAGGUGCAGAAAUAACUUAUUGUGUUGUGACCAUUGGAGGGUUCUACCUGAUGGCUGGAUGGAGGAACCAGUUCUCUAACUUGGGGUGGGGGAGGUGAUAAGAUCCUGAUGGGAGCCACACCACCAAUCCUUUCAUUGUUCUCAGGUGCCCAAAUGAGUUCCAGUCAACAGUAGGAUUUGCCCAUAAUCACCCCCAUCUCACUGCGUGGGGAAGACCUGAACACUCGUCCUGGGCUGGGUUUCGCUCUUAAAUGCUUUGUGAACUCACAUGGCCAGGCAGGUAGGAACACAAGAAAUUUGGAGAAAAUCUUUUCCAGGUAACCCAAGCAUCUGUUACCCACUCCAACCAUCCUCUUUCCAACAGUUUCCUCUAGCAAAUCUGGAAUGCUUGAGGACUUCUCCUGUGCCUGUAACUACCGAGGAUCUCUCUGGAGGCUGUUGGCUCCCCCAUGGACCAAACCCUCCGCCCUUCACUCCUGGAACUCUGACUCAGUCCCCCUGAGAGGGAGCCAUUCUCUCUUGUGGCAGAGGCAGAGAGUGAUUCCUUGAUUGUCCUGACACUUUAUUUUCCAUAACACCCCUAACUUAUAACAGACUUUGCAGGAGUUUCAGCUUUAAUGAAGUGUUAUAGGUAAUUCAGAAAAAUUACAGAAUAGCAUGCUGAUCAUAAGCCAAGAAAUUCUACCACUCAAGAGAUUCCCCUCACUGGUACACAUUGGUCCCAACCUGGUUCCCUUUCUCUUAGGUGUCUCUUAUCUCCAACAUACAGAUAAUUAGUAUCAGUAAUUAUUACUGAUCAAGUGCUUUCUAUGUGCCAAGAACUUCUGGGUGCAUUCUCUACCUUAAAUAAUUUAGUCCUCACCAAACCCUGUGAGGUAGAUACAAUCAUGACACCCACCUCAGAGAUGAAAAAAACUGAGGCAAAUAGAAGCUAAACAACGUGUCUGUGCUUGUACAUCUCAGAGGUGGGGAUUCAGGGAGUGAGUAACGGCUAAU